GAGGGUGGUGGACGAAUCCCAAGUCAGAGGUUAGACGGGAAGGAUGCGGAACAAUGAGACAUCGGCACGUGUGUCGCGCUCAUUCGACAAUCCCGGCGGACACGAUAAGGAAAUUACGAAUUGUUUGUUACAAGCGGUAUAUACACGUCUCUUCUCUAUCAUCCAAUGAAAAAGGCUCAUAAAGAUUCUAGAAAAGGGCAGCGUCCCAAAACAAUCACUUCGUCACUCCUCGUCACUUGAGCGGAUGUUUCCGGUGGAUACGAGCAGUCCAAAAUCCGAAGUAGUUCAUGCACCUUGUGGCUGCAAGAAAUAUCAUUCUCUUCAUUUCGAGUGGAUCGACGAAACGCAAACAUCAUGUCACUCGGAAAAGAUGCAGAUAUAAUAUUGAAUAUGGUGUUGGCAGAGAGAGAGAUCGUUUUUAGGCCACGUGAUGUGUAUAUCGUCGAGAAACGCAUGCGACGACUGGUGUUACGCGUGAUACAAUUUGCAAUGCAGAAUUCGAAGAAGCCCUCUUUGAAUAUUCUUUCAAACAAUUUUUUGCGAAGUAUUGUUCAACUUAGCUGUCCGCUUAACUUCGAGAAUAUGACGAAUUGGCUGUUCGUGUUAUACACAUUGAACUUUUCGCUCUGGUAUCCGAAAAGCACUAAACAAUGGCAAGUUAGAGGUUUUACUGGAUUUUACGGAUUAGGUGUUGCUCUGAAGAGGGCCGUUCUAGAAGGAAUAAAGAUAUGGGAUCCUGUGUAUUAUACACGUAUAACUGAAGACGAAAUGAAAUAUAUUUUCCGAAGUGAUAAUGGAAUUGAGAUUCCAUUUUUAAACAAACGACGUAACAUUUUGCACCAAGUUGGAAGUGUUUUAUUACAAAAAUAUGAAGGUACUUUUGCAAAUUGUAUCGAUUUGUGUGAGGGCAAUUCAACUGAUUUGAUAAAAUUACUUGCCAAAGAAUUCGAAACGUAUAGAGAUGUGGGGGAAUACAAAUACAUGGAAGUUUGUUUUUAUACUAAAGCUAUGCUAUUAGUAAGCCACAUUUGGGAACAUUAUAGAGGUAAAAAGCAUAGACCGAUACUUGAUCUACAAACAAUGGCAUCUGUGAUAUUUUGUGAUUAUCGCGUUCCCCAAGUUUUUCUUAAUCUCGGUAUCAUUCGUUAUAGUCCAUUUCUCAUAGAAAAAUUCGAACAAAACGUUCCGCUGAAUUCCGGAAGCCCAGAGGAUUUAGAGAUACGCGGAUCCCUGCUUUGGAUAAUAAAAAGGGUGUAUCAGGAAACAGAAUUGAUGAUCAAGAAACAUCUUCAUUUAAAACCGUCACUAAGUGAGAUAUUACAAUAUGUCCCAUUUUUAGUUAAUAAUUUCGUAUUUGCCUAUCGACGUACAUUUGAGCGUGAAUUGAUGGAAAACACACCAUUUCAUAACAUUAUAACUGAACAAUAUUAGAAUAUCAUUAUACUAUUAAAUUCAUUUGAAGUCAUAUUAAUGCGUAAAGAACAAUUGUCUUUUACAGUAGAAUAUUAUGACAAUAUAAUGGUAGUUUUCAUUAUCAUUUUCAUUAUUUUUUAUUUUUAUUUCAUAAUAUUUUUAUAAUAAUUUAAGAAUACAUUGUACUCAAUUCUGAUCUAAUUGAUUGAGAUAGAUCUUUUAAUACAAAUUUUUUUUUUAAAUACUGACUGAUAUAACUGAGCUAAACUGAGUUAAAAUUAGAAAUAUAUUUGCGCAUUGUUUAUAACGCUGAUUUUCAUUAGCUUUAUUAUUGCCCGUUAUUGUAAUAUCGAGAAUUUUUUUAUUAAUAUUAAAUAAUUAUUACAAUUAAUCUGUUUAUAUACAUAGUGGAUGUUGAAAACAAUAUAUUUGGACAAGAUUUUUCAUCAAGCUUUGUUAUAUAUCGAUUUUAUAUGAUUCAUUAAAUUCAUUCAUUUUAUG